AUGAAGAUUUCCUAUGGUCCAAGGUUAUGAGAGACGGCUCGAUGACGGCGGAAGGCCACAAUGUCGACGCGAACCUACUUGGAAUAGGUCGCGAUCAUGGCCAUUACUUCGCCAAGAAAACAUUUGGCAAACCCACAUACUGCCAUCAUUGUUGCGAUAAAAUAUGGGGUAUGCUCACGCAAGGAUACGCAUGUGAAGUGUGUAAUUUUGUGUGCCAUGAGAAAUGUUUGAAAACCGUUGUCUCCUACUGCAGUGGAGUGGCUCUGCAACUGAUCAAGAAUCCGGUUGCUCACACAUGGUCCCAGCCCGGUUUAAUCAAGCGGAAGUUUUGCUGUGUGUGUCGUAAACGAACGGAUGAAGCACUGUCGCUGGAAUGUGAAGUCUGCGAGUACUACGUUCAUGUGGAUUGCUCGGAUUUGGCCGUAUCCGACUGUAAAGAAGCGGCUACUUAUGUGCCGAAUUUGGACCUUGUGAGUUUUGCUGUUUAA